CAUCAAGGCAAUAGCAUAGUCUAAAUCCAAAUGCAGAUCCCAAAGGCCAUCCUAGUGCUGAGCUGUCUCCUGCUCUUGGGUCGUAAUGCAGAUGGAUAUAGUCUCAAUUUAAUGUUUGAUUGUACCCAGAGAGCUGUUGAGUUAGGCGCUUCGCUUGCUACCAGGAUUAUUCCUGAGCUGAAAGAUGCGGCGAGCUGUAUCAACUUCUUUUCGCAGCAGACAAAGGAUCUGGAUGCAGAAAAUGUGAUCCUGCUUUUCUACCAAUUUACAAAAGAAUUAUUUGAAAACAAAAAGUGCUUGGAUGAAUUGCUUAAAAGCUUCGAAGACGUUAUAAAACCAGCUUUGCAAGAUUUGUAUGACAAUCAAUGCAUACCAGAAGAACUUGUAGAUUAA